CUCCAUUCACGACAUAAUUGCUACCAGACUAGGUGCUGGUAAUGGAUUCUCUAAGAGGUUGGCUGUCUCUUCCUAAUGUAAAUAUACCUAGUCUGUUGAGCGGCUAUAAGGCUCCUUCAGCAGCUGUUGCUCUCACUUCUGCCCUGAUUGUCGUCUGAUUCGCGUCGUUGCGUUGCGUGCGCUAAACAUGCGAGGUCUAGCGUCAGUGUUGCUUCUUCUCUUUGCCUCUUCGACUUGUGGUGUGCCUCUCAAAAGCUGUAAGAAGAUGGAGAACGUCUACGAGUGUAUAUUUCCAGGCAAUCGUUCUCGUGUGCCGCCGUUUCCAUUCGCACCAAAAAAAGGGGAUCUGGCCUGCGGAGCAUCUCGGGUUGCCACGUGCUGCUCGAAAAAAAUGGAGAACUCGUUCAACGGCAUACUGCGCUCGAUGAUGGAUCACAUCAAGGAACAAGCCGAUUCGUUGGAAAGAAACCUGUUGAGCAUGUACAAGACUAAACGAGAGCAGCUCAACCUGCUGCUUCUUACCUUUACGCGAACUCUCCUGAAUGGCGCGAGCAACAAUUGCCGAAGAGGAAUGGAUGUGUUGAAAUCGUUGGAAGAACUCUUUCGGGAUGUGUUUCCGGUCUAUGAAGGUAUGAUUCCGAGCAUGGACGAUGCGGUCGUCACCUUUUUCUACAGCCUCUCGACGCAGUAUAUCCAACAGAGUAUCGAUGGUAGUCGACUGUCGCUCAAGGAUGCGCCCACUCUCGACGCGCUGAGCGACUACAAUAUGAAACUGUGUAUUGCGAACUGGGGCCAUCACCGGCAUUUUACGCAAAACAACUCGAACCUCAUGUCAAUCGCAUGCUGCAUGGACACGUUCAUUCUUCUCUCGAAACGCAUCGCACUCACGUUGUCCAAGUUGUCGGCGACCAUGUCGGAGGUGAAAUCCAACUUGCUGCGCGUCUGUCCGUCGUGCAAGGUCGCGUUCGUCCGCAACAUGUUCUGCCAUCGCUGCAACAAUCAUCCGACUGUCGGUGCUUGUCCGUCUCAGUGCACUAGAGUCGUGCAAGAGUGUUUUCCCGGACUCACAAAGCUGAACGAUGCUUGGAACGACGUUCUCGAUUCUGUUGAAGAGCUCAUCGACGCGUUGGGAAAUUCUCGCGGCAUCUGUUCGUGCAUGAACUCCAUAGAGUCUGCCGUUGAAGCAUACUGUGGGAAUCUAGCAAAGAAGAUUGAAAACGGCAAGGCUCUUACUCAAAGCUUGAUAGCGGACUGUUCCGAACGUUCUGGACGGCCGUUGACGUUUGGCAGUAAUUUGCACAUAAGCGACUUUCUCUACGAGAUUGGUGUUCCUCGGUCGUGGUACGAAGGCGGGAGGAACGUUCAGGCAAAUGAUAGAAACGGCUCGUUAGUCGACGGUUCUCUGCGCAAUAUGCCGCAUGGUGAUUUAUCUUCUUGUUUGGGUGCGGAGACGGGAAGUGGUCAACAAUUACCGUUACAGAGCGGGGACGUACGAAGUUUGCGCAACAUUUUUAUGCCGCAGAAUCGUCUUUUUGGCGACUUUUGCCGUCCGUCGAGCGGUUGCUCAUCGUUCCAGCUUGUUUCCCACGACGGCCACUGCUGGAACGGAACAAAGGUGGUACCGGUCGAAGCCAAUGCAAAGGACAACCCUCAGGAAAUUCUGUCGAGUACCAGACAUGCUAGCCAACCACGAAUUACAGUGCGUGAGAGCCGGCCGGGGCGUGCAUGCCGCAGUAACCCGACGGCGGACAUAGUGAAGAACCUCAGAAAACUUGCAAAACACAACCGGUUGUACCUUUGCCAAGACCCCAACAGCAGCGCCUCGAACGGCUUUUGUAAGCGCUGCGGAAGCGGAUUCCUGUCCGGUGACUAGUAAACAGUAAAUAGCUUAUUAAAAGCAGACGGAUUAGUUUUGUAGGAAAUAUUACGAAUAAAUGUUAAUGUUAUUAAUUAAUCUCGCAGGCUGUUGUUGGGUUUCUAAGUUGUAACGGUAUACUGUAGUGUUCUGAUGAGGCUCGAGUACUAUGAAUCAGAAUAGAGACGUUUUGGUUUCUUCCAAGACGACAA